CUGAAAAGCUACAAAAUGGCUAGAGAGAUCGCCGGAGAUGCUUGGCAGCGCUGGCCCCUCAGCUGGCGGAGGUUUCUGAGCGGUGACAAACUGGCAACAGCAGUAGUAGGCAGCCGACCUUCACGUCAGAAACACGGGAGCAGAGCUCAGGGGAAACUUCUCUCUGAAAGCAUAAUGGGGGGUGAUCCACAGCCCUCGUCUUCACGGGACUCUCGCUCUAAGGCCAAGGAAGCAGGGGCGACGGAGGAGCUGACGAUGGAACUGGUGAACGAGGAGAUAAUGACGCUGUACGAGCUGCUGGAGAGGCAAGGGCUGAACAAGAGUGAAUGGGACGCGGUAACCCAGCCGCUGGUGGAGGCUGUGAGGAAGGCACAGCUUCGCCAGAGGGCUGCGUCCUUCGCCAGGUGGGCGGCAUUCAUCUUUGCCCUCCUCAUCGUAGUCUAUCUCCUCCUCCAGAUAGCGUGGGUUCAGAAGAUUAUGACGGUGUUGUUCCGCCACUGUCUCCUACUGCUGCUGCCACGCUGGGAUUGGACGCGUAUUUACUAUUCCGACUGCUUCAUCACCAAUCCAUAUUACGUUAGCCGCUCCUUGACUGAGGAUGACUGUAAUGUGUGUGAAUCAUUGGAUAAGGUGGACCGUCUGACAAAUGUCUCUUCACAAGUGGUGUCUGAAGAUUACCUAAAGAAUGAUAUACCCUUCAUUGUUACAGAUGCCAUGGAUGACUGGCCAGUAAUGAACACUGAACAGUUCUGGUUUGAUAAUAUUACAGAGAUGUACUUGAGUGAGGAGCUUCGUACUAUUUACCCUUGUGAAUUGACAUCAAACCUUCGCCUUCGUCCUGAUGACUUAAGAAGUUUUUUGAAAAAAAUUCAUAAUCCAGAUAUACAUCGCUGGUAUGGCCACUGGGAAAACUGUAAUAAAAAGGCUGCGAAGGCCCUGCGGCAGAUAUAUCGCCGUCCAUACUUCAUUCCGCACAUGGUUGAUCUGUCUGACUCCAACUGGGUCAUUAUAUCAUCAGAUUUUAGAGGCAAAGUAUAUAAAGAAAUCGACUUCCAAACUGAGUUACUAUGGGUAGCUCAAGUUCGGGGCUGGAGUCGUAUAAGGCUAGUGCCUCGGGAACCAUGCGACCACUUUUGUCCCGAGUUACUUGAAACUAUUACUGAAAGCCAAAUGAUUGUGGUUACAAAUUUACUAUGGAAAUUUGAAUACAUCCCCGGAGAGCUGACAGACAACUUGGCUAUUGCUGUUGGUGGUUUCUGGACAUAAAGUACCUAAUAACGACAGUCAUGGUAAACAGAAUUGAAGCUGUGAGAGUGCUGCUGGUCUGUAUAUCUUUGUAACAGUUUAUGGACCAUGUAAAGAAGAAGAAAAAAGAAUUUUACAUACAAAUUUAGAGCAAGACUUUCAGAGCACAGAAAUUCAGUUAAAGAAAAAAAGGCUAGUAAACAGAUAAAGCCACAUAUCACUUGUUAUUCACUAUGUGCUGUAUAUUGGCAAGUCAAAUGUCUCAAAUAUGAAAAUAAUAUAGGAAAAGGGAGCAAAUUAUGCAUUAUAUCAAAUUGCUUUUGCUGAAUUAGCAGCUUCAGCAGAUAAACUUACAUCAAAGAUGUUGUUAAUGCCAUAUACAUUUGGAAAAGUAUAUUUAAUUAGAUAUUCAUUAUAAUUCCUAAAUAUCUCAAGUCAAGAAUUUACAAAUAACAUUAUUGUACUCAAGUCUUGCAAUACCCAAAUUCUGUACAGUAUAUCCAUGACAAAGUUUAUAUAAAAAAUACAGUAAUAGUUUUGAAUUAUAUUGUAAUUAUAAAUAAAAAGCAAAGCUGUA